UCUUCAAAGACAAGAAGCCAGUUUUGUUGGCAAAAUGGCUAGAAAGAAACGGUUGAACAUAGUACAUGGUAGUUGUCACCAUGGAAAUGGAGAGGGAAGUAGCAGCGGACAAUCAUUGCCACAAGUCGAGCCUCCUCAACCAUAUGAAGAUGAGGUGAUUCAUGUUGAGCAGCAAGAUGAUGAGCCUCUCAACAUGCCUGCUGAAGAGGUGAAGAAGCGCAAGGGGACUACCUUGCGAUAUGUUUGGGAUCUUCCACCUGGACGACGCGUAGUUGUAAAAUGCAACAAAUUAGGGCAACCUAUCGGGGAAGAAGGUGGAUUGCUAGGACAGUUUUUGGGCACAUUAGCAAGAAAUGGAGCUUACUGUCCAUUAGAUAAGAUGACAUGGAGAAAUAUCAAAGCAGAUGAAGGAGAUUUAACAAUACUACAAUUUGUACAGACAAAGUUCCUGUACCCUCCAUCAUGCGUUCAAUGGAUACUGAAAUCAAUUGGAAGAGAUUGGAGGCGAUACAAGGCUGUACUAAAAAAGAAAUAUUUUAAUCCAAAGAAGAAGCGUUCUGCUCUGUAUAAAUUGUGUCCAGACGAUGUAGAAAAAGACCAAUGGAUUCCACUUAUCAAAUAUUGGAAGUCAGAAAAAGGAAAGGCCCUCAGUGAAAAGAACAAAAGAAGUCGUUCAAUGUUACAGAACCCUCACUCAGCAGGGACAAAGAGUUAUGCUCGUUGGUCCGAGGACAUGAGACAAGAUGAUCCAAAUAAGAAACAGCCACAUAGAGCAAAGGUUUACUUAGCAACUCACAAAAAAAAGGAUAAAGAUAAAAAUCAACAUGUGGUCACAUUGGAGAAUCUCAUCGAUGAACAACCAGAGUUGGCACAAAAUGAGCAAGGAAGAGUUGCAUGGGAAGGUGAUGCACUAAAUAAAGUAUUGGGAAAAGAAAAACCUGGACAAGUGCAUGGAAUGGGAUUACUUCCUGUUCCUAAACAGGUUUAUGCUCGUACAUCACAUCAUCUCAAGAACAUAAAUAUCACUACGGUGAAUGACCCAUCAUCGGAUGAAGAGACACAUGUUAGAGGGGAAGUGGGGGAAUUAAAAAAAUUAGUCAAAACGCUAGGUCAGCGUAUUGAUGAGCUGGAAAACAAAGGAACAAGCAAUGGGAAUAGUGAACCACCUAUGGCAACAUCUCAAAGAACUUUUGAUGAUGGUAUUGAAGAGGGAGUAGUACGGACUAAUAGAAAGAGGGUUCAAUGCAGUACACCUGAUCAAGACGACUCAAUGAGUAAUCAAAGAAUUAUAUCAAUGAACAAAAGAAGAUGUGAGGAUCAGCAAAAUAUGCAACAUGAUAAUAUUCUAGAUCUUUGUGGCAAAAAGCAUCAGGAGGCUGAUAACACCAUAGGAUCACCACAUCAAGAUGAUUUCUCAUCACAACCACACCUUGUUCAUGAUCUUCGGCGGGAGAUGAAUAAAAAGAAGCAUCGGAAUUUAGAGAAAUUUGCAAAGACUACGAAAAAACAAGAAACUCAGAAGAAGACUGCACAUCACAUGGCCCAAAAUAGGGUGCAUUCUUCUUCAAUGAAGGUUGGUACCACAAUAAUCUUAAUCACCGCAAAAUAUCCUAACAAAGAAACUGUGGCAUAUGCUACUUAUUUGAGUAGUAACCCAAGAGACAAAGUGGAUGGUGUUUUGAGAUUGGUAACGAGUUCACUAAAGUGGUUGUCAAUCAUCCACUUAAGGAAGAUGAGGAGCUCGUAAGGCCAGUGAAGCAUUGCAAGACAAUUGGUGAUGCCCAUUAUGAAGGAAUAUCGAUUGCUUGGCCUUCAUUUUGUGUUCAAAAGAUCAAUAGUUAAAAUUCUCAUGUUUUAGGAUCACAGCAAGAUGGAAUC